AUGGCAUCUGGAAUUGGAUCUAUCUCUGGCCCUGGGGCUGUGGAUGACAAGCGUCUCCAUGCUGAUGGGGUUGACGCGACCACUUUCCCUACAAGGGUCAUAGAGAAGCUCCACGACCCCAGCAUCCCCUUUGAGGAGUACCUUCACUAUGCCAAGAUCACUCGUCAGGAGGAGGACCGAUUGUAUGGUCCGGGAAGCGACUUCGUCCAAGGUUCUGGACCUACAAUGACCUUCAUCAAAGAGAAGGUUCUUCGCAAGCGGGUCGAGCACCGUCGCCAAUCCGUUCCUCAGCCUAGACUGUCCGUCAGCGCCCAAGGAGAGGGACAAAUCGUCAGGCCCGAGUCGGACUCGGGCAAUGAGAAGUCUGUGGUUGAGAAGAAAAAGUUUGAGCCCGUGACCAUCUCCGAUGAGGAAUGGGUUCAGGCUUCUCGUGCAGCCAGAACGGCUACUUGGGGCGCUGUCUUCUACCUCAUCACUACCGACAUUCUCGGUCCGUUCAGUACUGGGUACGCAUUCUCUCAAAUGGGUCUCGGCCCUGGUGUUACACUGUUCACCAUCUUCGGUGCCCUUGCUGGUUAUAGUGGUUAUCAGCUCUGGCGGAUGUACCUUCAGAUGGACAGCGAUCGCUAUCCGAUGAAAGGCUACGGCGACAUCGCUUUCCGCGUGUACGGUUCCUGGUUCCGCCACACUUGCAACCUGCUGCAGUCGUUCCAAUUCUUUCUCAACGUCGCCCUCAUCAUCCUGAGCAGUGGUCAGUCCAUCAGUCAGCUUUCCAAGGGCCAAUUGUGCUUCAUCGUCUGUGUGGUGGUCUGCAUGAUUGCCGGCUGCAUUGUUGGGCAGAUUCGCACUCUUCAGCGAUUCGGCUGGUUGGCUUCUUGGGCUGUGUUCCUGAACUUGUUCAUCAUUUUCGCCACUAUGGGCGUCAUGGCUCAUUCUCCUCCAAACUACCAGCUUUACGCCGCUUCAAAUCCCGACUUCGACAUCAACAACCCUCCGCCAGUCCAGGUUUCUGGCUCCGCUCCACCCGGCCUCGGGAUCGUUGACAACGUCAACGGUCUGAUGAACGCCGUCUUCUCGUUUGGCGGUGCGACUUUGUUCGUCGAACUGAUGGCUGAGAUGCGCCGGCCCAUGGAUUUCUGGAAGGGCCUUCUCUGCGCAGACAUCCUCAUCUAUGCUUGCUACAUGGUGUACGGAAUCUACACGUAUUGCAUGCAAGGGCAGUAUGCCUACAAUGUCUCGUACCAGGGGGUCUCCCCCUACGGCUGGCAAACAGCAUGCAACAUUAUCGGCCUUAUCACCGGUCUCAUCGCCGCAGUUCUUUACGGCAACAUUGGCAUCAAAGUGCUCUACAACAACCUGGGGCGUGACGUGCUCAACCUCCCUCUGUUGGAGUCCAAGACAGGCAAAUGGAUCUGGGUCUUUUUCGUCCCCAUCUACUGGACUCUUGCCUGGGUGGUCACCCAAUCCGUGCCUCAGAUCAACACGUGGAUUGUCCUUGUUGGUGCGGGCUGCAUCUUGCAAUUCACAUACACUUUCCCUCCUUUCAUGAUGUUGGGGUUCAAGUGCCAGCGUGACGCCAUGCUCCCCGGCGAGGUGUAUGACCCGGCCACUGGCACGGUUCAACAUGUCGACAGUGGCAUCCAGAGAUGGUGGAGAGGGUUCCAAAAAGAAUUCUGGUGGAAUAUGUUCGAUCUGAUCUUCUACUUGGGCAGUGUUGUGACAUGUAUUCUGGGUCUGUAUGCCGCGUUUACUUCGAUGGUGGACGCGUAUAAGAAUUCUCCGAACUUGAGCGCUUGGAGAUGCGAGAGUCCCACGGGUUAA